AUGGCAGAAGCGGGGGCGGACUUCGACGCUACCCUCAUAGGGAACAUGGGCCGCAAGAUAUCGCAAUAUUCGAUGGAGAUCGUUGAAUUGCGGAAGCGGGUGCAAGAGCUUCAGAGGGGAGCGGUCUAUAGCCUGGUCGAUGAGGAUAAUCCUCAUCUGAAGGGCUUGAAUGUACGCUUGGGAGAUCUUGAACACGAAAGAGAUACCCUGAACGUACGCCUGGGGGAACUGGAGAAAGAAAAGGAUGACUUGAAUAUACGCUUGAGAGAAAUGGAGAAGGAGAGAGAGGGCUUCAAGUGCGAUCUGGAGAAGUCCAAUCACGUAACUAAUGAAGCGCGGCGCGAGAGGUAUGCAUUUGAGAACGAACUGAGGCGAGUUCUAGAGCAGAAGACGAAGUUGGAGAUGGACCUCCUCGAGGCCCAGGAGCAAGUGAGAGAGAAGAACGUCCUCAAGGAGGAUCUGCAACGAGUUCUAACGGAGAAGAUAGACCUAGAGAAGGUGAUACAUGAAGCAGAAGAGCAGCUCAAGGAGAAGAACGUCCUCCGCGGGAAUACGUCUUCCCUUCAAGCUGCCCUUAACGAGUGUUUGAGUGAACUUACCAAGUCAAUCUCGGACAUGCAAAAUCUACGGAAUGAGAAGGAGACAUUGGAUGCGACUGUAGCAUCACUCACAACUCGCGUACAGAAGCUAGACAGGGACAACAGCAAGCUCAACAAGAUGAAGAUCCUGCUUUUAUCCGACUUGGAUGAACGCAUACAGAGAAUGAAAGCCAUGCAGCAAGUGCGUGAGGACAUGGAGAAGCUCAAGGUCACGCAUGAUGAGCUUGCGGAACAGAAUCGAAGGCUCAUGGAGGAGAACGAAGCUCUCUCUCGUCAGAUGUCAGAGCACGAGUCUCUCGCGGCGAAGAACAGUGAAGCAGCAGCAGUGUCCGAAGUGGCAAUGGCGCAGCUUCGGCAAGAAAACGAAGCUCUCUCUUGUCAGGUUUCAGAGCACAAGUUUCUCGCGGCGAAGAAUGCUGAAGCGGCGGCAUUAACAGAAGUGGCAAUGAUCAAGCUUCAGGGAGACAACAAGGCGCUCUCUCUCCAGAUAACAGAGCACAAGUCUCUCGCGGAAAAGGAUAAUGAAGCAGCGGAGGCGGCUAAAGUGGCAAUGACGAAGCUUGGAGAAGAAAAUGUGGCCCUCCGGAAGCAACUAUCCGACCUGGAGGAUCUGGCUAGGCAAAAACAGGAUCGUUUGGACAGCCGAGAGCAAGAACUCGACUCGAUUCGGCAGCAGAAAGAAGCGUUGGUAGCACAGCUGUCGGAUUUACACGCCGAGGUUGUCCAGAAGGAUGGUCGCAUCGUUGACCUGCAGAACCAACUGGAUGCGACACCUCAAAUGAACACACCCGUCAAGGAAAAUACUGGAAGACUCCCAUCUGAGGCGGCGCCGGUUUUGGAGACCGUGGCUGCUACUCCGAAUAAUGACGAGCAGUCAAGUCGAGAGGUGACUAAUUGCCCGGUCCGAUUCAUACACGUACUGCCGCCCCAAAUAACCCCAGUCGGGGCUCCGUCAGAUGGGCGAGGCCGUAUGUUCCCGCUGGCAGGGUCAUAUAUCUCGCCUAUCCCCGCGGGGCGGCUUGCACAGUUCGAGACACUCCAAGUGGUGGGGCCGCCACUAAACCAUGCAGGGGACAUGCCCGAUUUUUCGGAUGGCAUCGCGCACUUUACCAAGGUAGAACUAAACAAAGCUCUCGGCGGCAGCAAGAAGGGCCUUGUUACAAGCAUUCCCAAGGACAAGCAAGGUCUUUACCCUCUUUCGUACCUCGGUAUCACAAGUUAUCUAUGCCCCAGACUAGAUCGGAAUCCCUGGUGUCCCUAUGCACCAGGUAAAGAUGGAUAUAUUUUCACGGCAUCUGAAAGAGAUCUUGCCGCCCUAGCGCAGUCUAAACAACGAGCUCUUUUUGUGAACGUCUCCCAUCUUUCCACCACCACGAAACUGUUCUUUGCUGGGUUCUAUGAAGUCUGUCAAGCUGAAGACCUGUCCUCUGAAGAGUGGUGCACAUUCACAGAUGAUACAAAGGUGGCAUACUCGCAAAUUGUUAAGGACAGAGUCCCGGAAUGCAGUCACCUGUCCAUCCGCGAAAUCAAGGCCCAAUACAACUCGGGCGCACGACGCGUCUCAUGUCUCCGACUUCGAUUUCUGGGCUUCCGCAACCCGCAAAACCCCACGCGUGACGUCUACCAAGCACUCCUAUCUCAUUUUGCCGGUCAACACGCACCGUCUUUCACAUAUAAGCGGAAAAGCGAAGACCAAGUUGGUACUAGUAGAAAGCCCAAGAGUGCUCGCCUUUCGUUACCAGAGUCGUGA